UUUUUAUGGCUGAGUAAUAUUCCAGAGACAAACACUAUAUUAUAUCACUUGUAUGUGGAAUCUAAAAAGUAAAUACAAAUCAACUUAUUUACAAAACAAAAACAGACUCACAGACCAGGAGAACAAACCAUGGUUACCGAAAAGGCAAGGGAGGAGGAGGACCAAUCAGGAGUAUGAGAUUAUCCAAUACAGACUACUAUAUGUUACUAUAUGUAGCAGAUGAGAAAUAAGGGUUUACCAUAUAGCACAAUACCAAAUAUCUUGUAAUAAUCUAGAAUACAAUAUAAUCUGCAAAAAAAAACCCUGAAUAACUCUGCUCUGUACCUGAAACUAGCACAAUAUUGUAAAUCAACUAUAUGUCAAUUAAAAAGCGAACUUAAACAAUAAAGAUAAAAUUCCCUUACAAUAUAAUGACAAAUUGAAAACACAUCACAACAAACAGAUUGGAGUGAAGAAACAGCAACGGGACAUGAAUAAAGAUACUUGGAAAGAGUAAAUUAAUCCCAUUCUUCUGGAUAGGUGUGAGCACAUAUGGAAUCACAGUGAGAUACUGUAAACCAGAAUAAACAAUAAUUUUUUAUUGAAAAAAGAUGUAAAAAUUAUCAAGGAAAAAAGAAAAGAAAAAUGCAUCAUGUAUCUAUAAUGAAAAGAAUGAAACUUGGAUUCAAUAGGAAAAUUCCAAUGGGAAAUAUGACUUGACUGAUAAGUUUUAAAAAUCUGAACAAUAAAUAAAUAAUUAUAUUAGUACCAGAAUAAAUGAAAAGAAAUAUGGAUAGGGAAAUCUCAGUAACACAGACAAUAAAUGACUACAAUAUUUUCCAUUUAAAAAGAAUAUUGAUGAAAAAGUAAAAUAUUAGUAAUUUCAACCUCGAAUGCUUCAGAAAAAUAAGGAUCUGUCCUUAUUUGGCAUAUGGUUCAAAGACUUGUGCUUUACAGAAAUUACUCAAACCUGUUAUUUUCUAAGACCAGUUAACAUUUUUAAUAGGUGGCCAUAACAUCCUCAAAUAAACAAUAAUUUAUAAAACCAGUUAAAAGUGAGAAAUAAUGAGGAAGGAUGCAAAAGUCCACUUUUCUAUGGAUAUAAACUAAAGGAUGGACAGAUCUCUAUCUGCAUAUAUUUUGCACUCUUGGUUCAGCUCCCAAAAAGAGAGACUUGAUUCCCUUUCAACUCAUAACUUACAGAAUUUUUCUUUGAUUAGAGAAAGAUCGGGAAUUAGAGCAUAUUCACAGAAUUCGAUCUAUGACUACGAAAAUCAAACCAACCAAAAAACUACCAAAAAUCCCACAGUAUCUCAUUGUCUAGCUAGCGAUAAUAGAGUGAGCUGCGCCCAAUGAGAACCCUAGGGAAUAUCCUGUUUGCAUAAUCUCUCAGGACCCUCAUCUUUUAAUAUCUACUCAGAGAAAGAUUCAACUCAGUGUUGGUGCUUAAAAAGUAUUUAAUUUACCCAAGAAUACAGCCAGAGAUUGAAAUGAAAUCCAGGGGAAAUUCCAGUUCAUGUCCAACUGUUAGGAGAGGGGGCUGAGAAUCACUAGGAUCCAACACCAAACUCUGGUUCUGCAGCUUGGAUCACUGAUCUCACUUUGCUGGACCCGCGGGCAGGUCCCUCACCUGUAGUUCCCCAUCUCUAGUACAAACUCAUCCCUGGUCUCCAGGUAAGAAGGAGGAGGACGCUGAAGGAAUCAAGUCUCUGCAGAACCAGACUUCUUGAGUCUAUCCUGGAAGAAGGGCUGUGUCCUUAUUUUUACAGUCCAGUCCACUUGGGAGAAGAGGUAUUUCCUUUUCUGUCUUCUCUAGAAUUCUCAGUCUUAGAAAUCUUGCUACUGAGCUCCUACUGAGGGGGUCACAGAAACCAAAAGGCCCAUUGUCUCUCAACCUAGCUACCCCUUUUCAACCACCAGAGUCUUUCCGUGCUCUGACCUUUUGUCCGUUACCAUAAGGUUCUCGUGCUCUCGCUUUUCCCACAUUUUCUGGGCUAUACCCACUGGCCUCACAGGAACACAUCUAGGACACCAGACAGAGCUUCUUGUAACUUGCCACUCGCCGUAUGGGAGGUGGUCAGGGGCCAGGGCACAGGAGUGCUCAUGUUUGGUGUGUGCCCUGCCCCAGAACCAGUGUUCAGGCUGCCGCCAUGUUGCAUGCGCCUUCUCAGGGGUAAGACCGAGAAAGAGAACAGAACGGCAUGUUGAGGCUCUGUUCCUUUUUCCACGAGAAGAGGAACAACCAGUGAUGCCCUCUCACUUCCACCAGUUGUCCAGGUGAUCACAGCUUGGGUUACUCCUUCUGAGUGAUCACUAGAUCUCCUCGCUCCAAGGAUAUUACGAAGCUGGAUCAGCAUCAGCUGUGUCUUCCAAAUUUCAUUUAAGUAAGAUUAUCAGUGCUUAACAGUAUUUUGGUGCAGAGAGGAAUCUAUUCUUUGCUGGAUGCAUUCAGUUGUUCACUUAUUAACUUCGCCAAUCACUGAACUUUUCCUGAAAACUUACUAUAUGCUGGGUGAUGUAGUCAUAGGGAUUGAGAUAGGAUUUUUACACUAAAGAAACAUAAGGCCUACUCUGGGAGACCAGUUAAUUAACAAAUCAUGUAUAAAUGAAUAAGAACUGUAAAAAGGCAUAUUAUUAUAUACAUAUUCCAAAAUUCAUCAAAUCAUACAUGUGAAAUAUGCACCCUUCAUUACAUGUAAAUUUACAAUGACGAAGCAAUAAAAAAGUAGGUUUCUCAGAAAUUAUUGGGAAAUGAGAUCAGUAAUGGAUUAUUUUGGCUAUUGAGGCUGCAGAGUUGUCAACAUUCUCUUGUACAUUUUAUAUACAUUAUAUCUAAAGGAAAGAUAUUUCUCAUUUAGUUUGGCCAGUCCCUCACAUUAUUCCCUAACCCUUGCCCUUCUGCUCCCUCAAGGCCGAUAGACUCCACUGUAGGUACUGGCCUGACUCGUUGUAUUUCCAUCUGCAUAGAUAUUCAUGAACUGAGAUCUCACUGUAACCACAUGGUCUUCAAAUCAGGUCCUACUUGGCAUCCCAUGAGCCAGUGGUCAAGGCACAACCAAUCAGAGCACAUGUCCCAUACUGCCAGCUAGAGGUAGGGUCUUGUGUGUGAGAAUAAACCCUUGUAUGUAUGUCUGCAGUCUUUGACUUUCCUCUGCCUCAAGAUGGUCCUGUCUGGUGGGCUGACUCUGCUCUGACAUCUCCUUCAUUCUGAAGGAUGGUUCUAGGGCCAGUACAUCAACAUUUCCUGGGAAUAUAAGACUCCAGCCCUCACUCCCAGCCAUUUGCCCUGCUACCUUCCCUAACUCAUUCUAAUUUCUUUUCUCAGGAGCUUGGAUUCAGCCAGGUUAUUCCUGAUGUACAGCAAUGUAUAGAUUUGCAUGGUAUUUCCUGCCUCGCCACAGAGCACUGGACCAGUGCAUGACGUCCUACUGGCACACCUCUCCAACUGAUGGGAUGCUCUGAUACAAGGGCAGCAUGGACCUGUUAUGCCAGACAAGACACCGCAACUCUGCAGGCAGCUGUCGUGGCUGCAUGUGGUCUCCACAAGGGGCCCUCCCUGCUCCCAUAGUGUGUGGUGCUGCCUAAGUUUGCCCAGGUCUCCACUGUCCUGGCUCCAUGGUGAUGAGGUCCCAACGUGCCUUAACCGGGAGCACUGCCAUUGAGCCUUGAUAAAAGGGCCAGGCUGUGGAUUACAACAUGAUCUAAAAUGGUCUUUUAAAAUCCCCUUCCUACAUGGAAGGACAAUACGGAAACACAAAGGAAAAGUUGAUUAUUGGUUCUGCUCUUUGAUGAAAGGAGAGAGAAAGUCUGCUGAUUGAAAAAUAAACUACAAAAAAGAAGAACCGGGACUCCCUACAAAUAACAGAAAAGUUGAUUAUUGGUUCUGCUCUUUGAUGAAAGAAGAGAGAAAGUCUGCUGACUGAAAAGUAAACUACAAAAAAAAAAAAAAAAAAAGAAGAAGAAGAACCAGGACUCCCUACCAACAACAAGACCCUUUAUAUUUUUUUUCAAAUCCACAUAAUAUGUUAGUGCUCUUUUCUACAUAGCUUCAGUAGGAAUAUGGGGAUAGAAAUGUUAAAAAUUUAUUUAUAUUUAGAAAUUUUAGAAUUUUAUUUAUUUAACAUUUACAAGAAUUUUAAGAAGUCAAAUGUAUUUGUCCUUCCAAUGUGGGCUUCCCUUUCAAGAUGUGGUGCUCAGCCACAGUCAACUUUUCAUUUCUCUAUUGACGCUUAUGUGUAGUCAGGAAGAACCAUCAAUGGGCACAGAAAACCAAACCUGUGUGACUGAAUUCAUCUUGGUGGGCCUGUCUUCAGGCCAGCGGACCCAGAUCCCGCUGUUUAUGGUAUUUCUUGCCAUCUACCUGCUGACCGUGCUUGGGAAUCUGCUCAUCAUAGUGCUAAUUCACACUGACUCUCGACUUCAUACACCAAUGUAUUUCUUCCUUAAAAACCUGUCAUUUACUGAUCUCCUUUUCUCUACAACAAUUGUCCCCCAGAUGCUAUUCCAUUUGCUGGUAACAAGAAAGACGAUUUCUAUUGCUGGGUGCUCGAUUCAGAUGAUUUUUUCCCUAGUGGCAGGGUGCACAGAAAGUUCCCUGCUGGCGGUGAUGUCCUAUGACCGCUAUGUGGCCGUCUGCAAGCCCCUGCGCUACGCCACCGUCAUGACCCAGAGAGUUUGUGUUCAACUGACCGUGGGAUCUUGGGCCAGUGGGGCAUUUGUAUCUCUAGUAGAUACGACAUUUACUUUAAGUCUCUCAUACCACGGCCAGAACAUGAUUAAUCAUUAUUUUUGUGAACCUCCAGCGCUCUUGAAGUUGGCUUCAGAAGAAACAUCCAAAGCUGAGACAGCCAUCUUCGCAAUGGGUGUGGUGAUCCUCCUUGGUCCUCUCUCCCUCAUCCUUUUCUCCUACUGGAACAUUAUCUCCACGGUGAUUCAGAUACACGCAGGGGAGAGGAAGCUCAAGGUCUUUUGUACGUGUGGUUCUCAUCUCAUCGUUGUUGUCCUCUUCUACGGCUCAACAGUAUUUACCUAUAUGCGUCCAAAUUCCACAAAGAUGAACGAGGGGGAUAAGGUGAUCUCUGUGUUCUACUCAGUCGUAACGUCUAUGAUGAACCCAUUCAUUUACAGCCUAAGGAACAAGGAUGUUAGGGAGUCGUUCAGGAAAGUACUUGGAAGAUAGAGCCCGUUCAAGGCAGUGAUCUCUAUAGUGACAUACAGUUGUCGGGAUAAGGCAUUCCAAAGGGUCCGGCAUCCCUAACAGCUUUCUCUCUGGAGUGUCUCUAGGCCAAAGCACCAGUAAGGCUCAUGCAGGUACCCUUGUACAUCUAGGAUGUCCUCAAGUUUGUCAGCUGCAUCUUGCUCAGGAUUACAGAUGACUUGCCUCAUAAUAAUGUUUUGCUAUUACGUUAAUUAUAUUUAUAUAUUACAUUAUAUAAAUAUUUUAAAAUAUUGAACAAGACCUUCAUUUCCAGUAUUAUUGGUUCAUUAAUCCAUGUUCUAAAAUCCACAGCUGCUUGUCAGCCUCAUUAAGGUAACAUCAUCUAUAGUUUUCUACAGAUCUUGGAGUCUUACCUGAUGUCAAGAUGCUAGAUCUAUAAUUUCCAGUGACAAAAUGUCAAUGAUUUUUCUACCCUAAAGCCCUGAUCCUGGAACAUUGUUUUUCGUUCUGCUUUCUUUUCUGUACCUUUUUUUUCCCCUAUAGCAUCCCAAAAUACUGCUAUACCAAUUCAACUGCAUAUAGGGGAGCUAUAUAAUGUGUGGGAUCUCACAUUCCAGCAAAUAUGCUGUAUCAUUCAUGUAUCACACAUUGCUUCCCUCCAAGGACCAUUGCUGGCUUGAGGGAACUAGAGUGGAGUCACGUCCUGCCUCUAUCCGAACUCUCAGGUCAGAAGCCCCUGUGACACUGCAGCUGCUCCCCCCGGACAUGGCCUCCCCUCUUCUGCAGGUUUGACUGCAGGACGCAUUUCCUUUCUGGGAAUGGCUGACAUAUGAGGAGCAAUCUGAGAAGGUAGAGAUUGCUCUGUGGGAUGAACUGGUCCCUUUAGUCUUUUCUAACCACUGAUAAAGCUCUUUAGCAGAGAAGAAGCACCACCAGUGGCACACCUGCAGUCUCUAACCCAUGUUCAGCCUGUUACACUCCCCUCCCUUAGAAGAAAGCCCACUGUCAUUGCUCGUCCCACCCUCAGCUGAAGAUGGAACUGUAUUAAGUGAAAACUGACCAACACUCAUCAGUGUGUAGGAACACUGUCAGCUCCUGCUCCUGGCCUGUUUACAGGGUCUGCGAGCCAUGAAAACAUAGCUGGGGACCCUCACAGUCCUGCCCACGUCCCCUCAUGGUUGUCCACUUCUCCCGGCAGAAGUCCCCGACCCAAGCAUAGCCAUGAUCUAUUCCUCCAUUUGCCAGACUUCCAUGUUCCUCCUGACGCCCACCCAUCUGCUACGGAGCCGUUUGUAGGGAUUCCGGUCACAGGAAGAAGAGCGCUGCCAACCACAGCCGAACUCCCUCCUGCAACGUGAGACGGGCAGGGAGCACUUCAUCUUCUCCUGGGAGCAAUUUCCACCUGGGAGUCUGCUCUCACGUCCUGACAUUCCUCUCGUUAAAAAAAGGUUAUUGGAAUUUAUAUGACCUUCUCUUAAGCAUCUGCAAGCAAAGUGACCAUAGUGAAAGACAGCACAAGCCAGGGAGAGAUGAGAAGCCCUGAUGAAAGUCAAGCCUGCCACCCUGACGUCUGCGGCUCCGGCUCCAUGUGCACGGCCUGCUUACGAGUACCCGACGCUGUCCGUUCUAGCUGAUGAUGUCCUCGCUGAACUGACUGCAUGGUGUGUCGAAUGAGUCUGCAGGGAGAAUAACUCAAUACUGGAUCCACUGCGUGCAUAUGAUGAGUAUUGUUUUUGGAUUCUGCGGGCCGGCAUACCCUAUACAAGGAAACAAAGGCCUGCUCUACAGACUCUUUGAGAAACUAUGUUAUAAACAACAGCAGCUACUCAGACACGCUGCUGUCUCAGGGCCAUUCAAAAGCUCCCCCUCCCACUUCCUCUUUUUCUUGCCACUUAGUAAAGGGAAGUUGUAUCCCCAAAUUGGAAUGAUCACUGAAAAAGUGACCAUGGAUCACUCUGAGUUACAUAAAACUCAAACAGGGCAAGAAAAUAUAGAUUCUGACAUAUGUUUUUAAAGGAAAGCACCUGCCUCUGACUGGGUGCCAGACCAUCAAUGACGGUGCAGCCGAGGAUAGAUGAAUAAGAGCACGAGAGAAGCUAACAAGCUCCUCAUGCCACCACAAUCUGACAGCUACCCAUGUUUUCUAGAACAAACAGUUUUUCAGUUUUUAAAAGAAAUAAAUUUUCUUUCAUUUAUGCUACAGGUUGUAUGAGUGUUACCUUUGUAUUAAAUCAACCCAUUUAACCUUGAUUUCAGUACCACAGUUUGAAUUUAGGUAUUCGAUGAAUAUCUAAUUCCUUACUAAAAAUCUACUGAGAACGCUUAGGUGCUGAAUAUACAGCAAUGAACAGUUUCAAAUUCCUAUCCCCACAGAAUUUACAUUUUAGAAAAGGGUGAUGAAAAUGAAUAAACAAAUAAAUGAAAUAUGUAAUAUGUCUAAUGGUCAUAAAUGGUAUAAGAAAAUAAAAGCAAGGAAAAGUAGGCUGCAAUUUUAAGCAGGUGGUCGGGAAAGACCUUUCUGAGAAGAUGACAUUUCAGUUGAAGGGCGUCUUACAUCUUACAGAAAUUAAAUUUGUGCUAUGACCCGAAGGUUGAGAAGAAAGAACCAACCAAGGAGAGACUUGGUGGAUAGGGUCUGGGCGGAGAACACACAGUCUCAGUGGCUUGGAUAGGAGGGAGGUUUUCUGAGAUCAGGACAGAGAAAGAUCCGAGUGUGUGAGGGUUGAUGAACGACGGGGAUAAUGGACGUGAAUGAGGGCGCAGAAGCUGGCAGGGGACGGGUCGGUGGGGAGUUUGUAUUGGCUUCCUAGGGCUGCCAUAUUGCCACAAACUUUGUGGCUUGAAUCAAAAGAAAUUCGAAGCUCUGGAGGCCAGGAGUCUGAAACCAAGGCACCUGCAGAUGAUGCCCUCUCCGAAGGCUCCAGGGGAGGACACUUCCUUGUCUCUUCUAGCUUUCGUGUUCUGGGUGUCCCUUGGCUUCUGGAACAGUAACCCCGACCUCUGCCUGUCUUCACAGAGGCUUUGUCCCCUGGUCUCUCUGUCUCCCAUCUUCCUGGACAUCCCUUAUGGGGUCUCAGGUCCACUUACUCAUGACGAUUGUAUCUUGAGAUUUCCUUAACUACAUCUGCAAAGACCUUUAUUACAAAUAAAUUCGUCAAUAGUUGGAUGUCUUUUUGGGGUGACACAAUUCACCUCAUUACAGCCUUGGAAGUCCUGAAAAGGCGACUGAUCUUAUUUUAUGUUCAACAGAAAAUCAUCCUGAUAUACUUUUAAAAGGUCUCCUUGCGCAUUAUAUGGACAAUGGAUUAAAGAGGACGAGCAUGGAAGCACAAAUAGUAAUCAGUAAGAUCGAGCCCUCGUGGUAGCCGGGGAGAGACGAUAAUCUUAGCGGAGCGUUGCAGCAAUGGAGAGGCAGAAAAGAUGGUAGGACAUGUGGGUAGAUAGGAUGUAGAAGUGGGAGAAGAGAGGAAUGAAAUUUCCCUGCUAAGUCUCUGACCUGAGAAGUUCUGUGGAUGACGAAGAAGACUCAAAGAGCGGGACAUUUGGUAGGAAAAUUAAGGAUUCUCUUUGGUCUUGUUUACAUGCCAUGUACUUUAUGCCAAGCUCUUAGAACAUCCUUCUGUAUCUGAAUAGCUACAAUAGAUCCUUCAUUUAAAUAGCCAUGACAUCUUAAACUGCAUUAUGUACCUCCAGUUAUUUUUUCCCAGUAGCUAAAGAUAAUUAGCCCAUUCUGCAUACAACUGCAGACAAGGGCCUGAAAGCCCCAGGCAGUUCUUAACUUGGGAGUCAUCAUCAGGAGGACGCAGAAUAUACUUAGGUCAGCUCCUUUUAAUUACCAUCCUUACUGAAAACGCUAUUUUAAAAAUUCUGACAGAGAACUUGGAGACCCCAGACGUCCUCAGACUGAUUUGAGAACAGUAGUGAAGAACAUGACAUCAUUUAAGAUUCAGGUAUUCCUUGGCAAUUACAACAAAAAAUGCCCCAGGGUAUCUCUCAUCGUAGAAAGAUUAAA